AUGGCUACUUUAUCCUCGUUUCGACCAAGCCUUGUCCUUGUCCCAACUCCGAAGCCCCCGAACCCUCUCCUCCCUCGAACUCACCACCACUACGGCUUCUCGCAACCCAAGCCCUUCCUCCGAGGCUCGCUCGCUGUGGCUCGGCUCGGCUUCGGCCCCGGUCCGAUUCCCGAACCGGAAGACGCCGGAGCUGUCUUGAAGGAGCUGUAUGACAGAGCCGAGAGCUUGCUUUACACGGUGGCCGAUGCGGCGGUGUCAGCUUCGUCGUCGACGGAGAGCGUGAGUGCAACGAAACAGAGCAGUGAUUGGCUUUCUGGGAUUACCAAUUACCUUGAAAGCGUUCUCAAGUUUUUGAAAGAUGGGCUCUCUGCUGUGCACGUUCCCUACUCUUAUGGCUUUGCCAUCAUACUCUUGACCCUCCUUGUUAAAGCGGCUACCUUCCCGUUGACCAAGAAACAGGUUGAGUCUGCCAUGGCUAUGCGGUCCUUGCAACCUCAAGUGAAAGCUGUACAAGAACGCUAUGCUGGGGAUCAGGAGAGAAUUCAACUUGAAACUGCUCGAUUGUAUAAAUUAGCUGGCAUAAACCCUUUGGCAGGAUGCCUGCCUACGCUUGCAACAAUCCCAGUAUGGAUUGGGUUAUAUAGAGCUCUUUCAAAUGUGGCAGAUGAGGGACUCCUUACAGAAGGCUUCUUCUGGAUACCCUCCUUGGCCGGUCCUACAACAGUUGCUGCUCGACAAAAUGGAAGUGGCAUCUCUUGGCUUUUUCCAUUUGUAGAUGGCCAUCCACCCCUUGGAUGGUCAGACACCUUGGCAUAUCUUGCCUUGCCUGUUUUGCUGGUUGUCUCACAGUACAUAUCUGUUCAAAUCAUGCAGUCAUCACAGAGUAACGAUCCGAACAUGAAGAGUUCUCAAGUUAUUACCAAGUUUCUUCCUUUAAUGAUUGGUUAUUUUGCUCUUUCAGUGCCUUCUGGUCUAAGUCUCUAUUGGUUCACAAAUAACAUACUGACCACAGCACAACAAGUAUGGCUUCAAAAAUUUGGGGGUGCAAAAAAUCCAGUUAGUCAAUUAAAUGAUAAUUUUAUCAAGGAAGAUGAACUCCAAAUUCAAAAGUCUGUCUCUGAAUUAAAGUUAACACAAAAGGAUACCAGACAAGAAGAAAAGUUGACACCAGAGGGUCUAAAGCCUGGUGAAAGAUUUAAAAUGAUAAAGGAGCAAGAAGCUCGGAGAAAACAACAAAGAGAAGAAGAAAAGAGAAAAGUUGAAGAGGCAGCAGCCAAGGGAACUCAAAUAACUAAUGAGCGACAUGAGGGAGAAGCCAGAUUACUUGAUAAUGAAAAUGGAGCUGCAGUUGAAUUAGUUGUUGAAAAGAGUGAAGGACGUCAUUCUCAGACUACAACCCAUAGUUCCUCUGAUGUUGGAGUUUCUGUGAAUGGUGAUCGGUCUAUACAGGACUUGAAAGAAGAUCACAACACAGUGUCUGUGUUGAAGAUGGAAAACAGUGAAGUUUCUGCUAAUUUAGAGGUUGAAAGGAGGGAUGAGCAGAAGUCGGAUGAGAGUCAAGGAGACGGAAAGGAAUCUGUUGAUGUACGAACUUCCACGACCACUGUGGAUACAAAAGUUUCUGGAGAAGGCGCACAUCAAGUGAGAGGGGAGUGA